UGCCAAUGUCACUCCCUGGAAGCUGCGGGGGCUGCGGCUUUAGGGGAAGUGCUCAGAGACCCCCUCCGGGGGCAGGAGAGGGCUGGAGUUUGGGCUGCUGCUGAUGCCUGUCUCUCCACAGUGGACCACGUGCUCUCCCAGGCGCAGUUUUACCACAGAACGGACCAGGCCCAGCAGCUGUCCGGGCAGUACAUGCAGGGGUUCGACCAGGACGAGGUGUUCUAUGUGGACCUGGAGAGGAAGGAGACUGUCUGGCGCCUGCCCGAAUUCAGCAAGUUCGCCAGCUUCGAGGCGCAGGGCGCCCUGGGCAGCAUGGCCAUAAGCAAGAAGAACCUGGAGAUCCUGAUUGAGAGCACCAACCACACAAAGGCCCGGAACG